AUGUUGCUGCUCAUUGUGUCCACACAGAUUCUUUCUUCUGCCCCGGGUGGGUGGAAAUCAAGGCAUUUGAUCUGAAUUCUGAAGAGUCUUGUUAGCCUCCAUAAAGAGCUGCAUUGUGUAUAAAUGGGUUAUAUAAGUGCAUAUGACAGCCAUGGUGCAGGGUUGUGGCUAGUAGUGCGUAAAUCCUUAGCAUUUGCAAAGGGCAUGCUGAUCUUUAGCGAGGCCAUCAGCUGUUUCUCGGAGAUGCCUCUUUAUUAUCACAGCUGAAGUCUCGAGUCCAUCAUGAACUGGGCGUCGUUUUACGCGGUCGUCAGCGGCGUGAACAGACACUCGACGGGCAUCGGCCGCAUCUGGCUGUCGGUCAUCUUCAUCUUCCGGAUCCUGGUGCUGGUGGUGGCGGCCGAGAGCGUGUGGGGCGACGAGAAGUCGGGCUUCACCUGCAACACCCAGCAGCCCGGCUGCAACAGCGUGUGCUACGACCAGUUCUUCCCCAUCUCCCACAUCCGCCUGUGGGCCCUGCAGCUCAUCCUGGUGUCCACCCCGGCCCUGCUGGUGGCCAUGCACAUCGCUCACCGCCGCCACGUCCAGAAGAAGAUCCUGCAGGUCGGCCGCGCCAGCGCCAAGGACUUCGAGAACAUCAAGAGCCAGAAGUUCAAGAUCACCGGAGCUCUGUGGUGGACCUACAUGAUCAGCAUCGUCUUCCGCAUCGUCUUCGAGGUGGUGUUCUUGUACAUUUUUUACUCGAUCUAUCCGGAGAUCAAGAUGGUGCGUCUGGUGAAGUGCGACUCCUAUCCCUGUCCCAACACGGUGGACUGCUUCGUGUCGCGUCCUACGGAGAAGACCGUCUUCACUAUCUUCAUGCUGGCCGUGUCUGGAGUCUGCGUCUUGCUGAACAUGGCGGAGGUGGUGUAUUUGAUAGGCCGGGCCUGUAUGAGAUACUUUCAAGGAGCAGCGGGUGAACCCAGAGCGCCUUGGCUCGCUCAGAAACUGGCAACUUACAAGCAGAACGAAAUAAAUCAGCUGAUAUCAGAGCAUUCGUUCAAGCCUCGAUUCAACGUUGGCCGAAGGCCUCCCGCGGAUAAGAGCGAACGCUGCUCUGCUUUCUAGAGCGAGGUUUCCACCAGCCAUCAUUAGUUAAAGGAGGCGGAUGUCUGUAAUCACAUUAAUCAGUUAUCAUUGAUUUACUUUCGUUUAAAGUCCCCUCUACAUGUGAGGAGUGAUCAUGCUCUCUGAAAAAUAAAGGUGCUUCACCAUGCCAUAGAAGAACUUCUUUUUGUCUAAGAACUUUUAAACAUCUUGAAGGACCUCUGUUUCACAAAAGCUUCUUUGUGGUGAAAGAAGGUUCUUCAGAUUCAAAUAAGAAGGUAAGAAAGAGACGGCUCUUUAAACAAUCUUUGACUGAAUGGUUCUUGGUGGAACCAAAAAUUGUUCUUCUAUGGCAGUGUUCCUCGAGCUCCCCAGCACUGCACAUUCUGUGCGUCUCUAACCAAACACACCUGAUUUAACUUCAGAAGAACCUCCUGGACCUGAAAGGCGAGUCGGAUAAGGAAACAUACAGCGUGUGCAGAGCUGGGGGACGUCCAGGACACUGUUCUACGGCAUCGCUGUGAAGAACCUUUUAAGCACUUUUAUUUUUAAGAGUGUGGGGAGAAAUAUGCUGGAGAACCGUCAAAUAUUACACAUUUGAAACGGCACACGUCUGGUCCUAAAAAAGCAGAUAAGAUCGGAGAAAUAACUGAGUUUCACAAAGAGCAAACACUGGAGAGCCAGUGGAAUACAUACACAUCUAUACAUCAUGAAUUGACCUCUCGACUCGAUGCGGAAACAAAACCUGGCAUGGCUUGCUGUGUGGAAAUGUAGAUGGUACGUGUUAACCUCUUUAAUGUGUUGUUAUAUGUUAUUUAAAGUUAUUUAUUGAAAACCAGACCAUUAGACAAGUUAGUUAGGAGAAAUCGAUGGAUGAAAACAUCAUAUAAAUAUAUAAAAAUUCAGUAUAAUGUGUACUAUGAUUGCCCCUGAAUAAUGUUAUAUUGACAGAAUAUACAGUUUUUAAAUUGUUUAAACUCCACAUUUGCAGCGAUGUACUGGCUUGACUUGUGAUUUGUUAAAAUGGUGGUAUGAAACUGAUUUUUAUUUAUAGUUUUAUUAUAGUUUAUCACUUCUAACAGAAGUUUAAAGGGCAUUUUCUCCAUCUUUGCAAGCACGCGUUUCUUUAAAUGACAGAAACAGACCUAAGGCCACGUCAUAUUUACUCGACUGUAAACGAAUGCUUCUUUGUUCUCACGAUGUAAAGUUGUACUAGCAAUCACAGCUUCAUCUAACACUUUUCAGAAGCCAUACAAUCACACAGAACUGACCGGCUCUUCUGCUCUAGUACGACUGGGAGAUCAGAUCUUCUUUGCAGGACUUUGUUGAACUGAUGCAACUUUUUUGCUUGCAAUAUCAACUUUGUCAUUAAACAAAUUCGUUCUAUUGCACAUACCUUAAUCCGAUUUUGAAUGAUUUUUUUAGUUUCUCAUUGUGGGUUACCAUGCAUUUCAAUCGUAUCUCGAAGUUAGAUCAUAUAUAAAGGCCUCGCAUACUGAAAUGCGUGUUUUAUAUCUCAUAAGGAUUCUCGUGCCAGUCACACCCUUCAGUGCUAUCAGCGACAGCUUAAAUGUGUGCAGACCUUUAUUAGCGCAUCUUGAAUCUGGCUCAGGACUGUGCCACUGUCAAACAGUUCAGCAUCACACUUGAGUCCUGGAGCAUGAAUACAGAAACUUAGGACAUGACUCCUGAAGUCAUUCCUCGUUCAGAGAGUGUGCAGACCAUUGGCUUUUAGUCUGUUUUGUAGUGUUUGAACUAUUCUAAUUGAAAGACCUGUGUGAAUGAACCAUUAUGAACCCAGUUUCAGUUUUCGUCCCACCGCUGGAGAUGUGCUCCGUGAUUAGUUAGGGACAACUCAACACCCGUGUAACCUGGUAAAGUACCAACGUUUAAUAAAAAGUUUAAAUGCU